AUGUCGUCAGGGGCCUUCGUGGACAGGAUAGACCCCUUCGCCAAGCGAUCCCUCAAGAAGAAGUCCAAGAAGUCGCAGGGUUCCUCCCGUUAUCGCAACUCGCAGGAUGUCGAACUGCAGCAGUUGCCCCUGCUCAAAGAUGUUAACGCCGCAGAGCAGGAGGAAUUAUUUAUCAAAAAGCUGCGCCAAUGCUGCGUGGCAUUCGAUUUCAUGGACCCAAUGGCUGAUCUCAAAGGCAAGGAAAUUAAACGGAGUACGCUCAAUGAAUUGGUGGAAUAUAUCACAGCAGGGCGAGGUGUACUCACUGAGCCCAUUUACCCGGAAACCAUUAAGAUGGUUUCUGCAAAUCUAUUCCGUACAUUGCCACCUAGUGAAAACCCAGAUUUUGAUCCAGAAGAAGAUGAUCCGACCUUGGAGGCGAGUUGGCCUCAUCUUCAGUUGGUCUAUGAAGUCUUCCUCCGUUUUCUUGAGUCUUCAGAUUUUCAGCCUGCUAUUGGCAAAAAAGUUAUUGACCAAAAAUUCGUGUUACAGUUAUUGGACUUAUUUGACUCGGAAGACCCUAGGGAAAGAGAUUUUCUGAAAACCGUUUUGCAUCGUAUUUAUGGGAAAUUCCUCGGUCUUAGAGCCUUCAUACGCAAACAAAUUAACAACAUUUUUCUGAGGUUUGUGUACGAAACAGAACAUUUCAAUGGAGUUGGUGAACUUCUUGAAAUUUUGGGUAGCAUUAUUAAUGGAUUCGCUCUUCCUUUAAAAGUCGAGCACAAGCAAUUUUUGGUUAAGGUGCUGUUACCACUACAUAAAGUGAAAUGUUUAUCACUCUAUCACGCGCAGUUAGCUUAUUGUGUGGUGCAAUUUUUGGAAAAAGAUGCGACUUUAACAGAACCAGUUGUACGAGGCCUCCUUAAGUUCUGGCCUAAAACGUGCAGCCAGAAGGAGGUGAUGUUCCUUGGUGAAAUUGAAGAAAUACUGGAUGUUAUAGAACCUAAUCAAUUUGUUAAAAUACAAGAGCCCUUAUUCAGGCAAGUCGCACGUUGCGUGUCUUCACCACAUUUUCAGGUUGCAGAGAGAGCGUUGUACUUUUGGAAUAAUGAGUAUAUAAUGUCUCUAAUUGAAGAAAAUAACCAAGUAAUAAUGAAGAUUAUGUUCCCAGCAUUGUACAAAAUUAGCAAGGAACAUUGGAACCAGACGAUUAUAGCUCUUGUUUAUAAUGUUUUAAAAACUUUUAUGGAGAUGAACAGCAAACUCUUCGAUGAACUUACUGCCAACUAUAAGUUGGACAGGCAAAAAGAGAAAAGGAAAGAAAAAGAAAGGGACGAGAUGUGGAAGAAACUGGCCGAAUUAGAACGACGCAACACUCUCGAACGUAAUGCUCUCGCAGCUUCCUCCAAUAAUCCAGUUCCUGCCACUAAUACAUCUAUAACGCGGACUCGCCCCUGAGCUGGUGGAAAUAAGGUGUCACGCUGCCCAAUUGUUAGUUCUUAGUUUACGUCGAUUGUCCAUAUACUACACGCAAAAAUUCUUGUUGUUAGUGAAAUGAAUUGUCUCACGAAAGCAUUCUUGACGUAAUGUAAUUCAUUUUAUUAGUUGUGACAAAAUGACAGAAUAAUGAAAGCAGGAAAAAGAAAAAAAAGAGACAAUGGAGAGUUAAUCACGCAUUCUUCUUUAACAACAUUAACAACAACAACGUGGCGAUUAGUGAAUUCCAAUAAUUUUAUAUGUAUCGGGUAUAUUCACAUUUUAGGUUUUCUUUUUAUUUAAAAAUGACAAAGCGUUUCCAUUGCAUGAUGUACUCAAUGUCAGCACACAACAAUACAACAAUGCGUUAGUCCCUUCUUGAUUAAGAUGUCGUUACCGCUCUCAUUAGGAGGGGACAAUCAUAGUUUAAAUUUCGGAAUAGACGAAGUUGUAUACGUCGUUGUGAUCCUUAUGUUCAUUUCUGGAGGACCCGACAUUUUGCGCACUCUCUCAGACGACCAGCGUGUCGCCUCCUGACUGACCCUUACGCUGAUUCUUGCUGCUCCUAAUAGAGCCAGCGAGAGUGUUUGAAUAUAUGUAUCAUAUAUUCGUAAUAAUGAUAAUGAUAACUGUAACAGGUACGUAAUAAAAAUUAGGUAAAAAUGAAAACAAAUAUAAAUAUAAAUACACACAUAUACACAUACACACACACAAGUAUAUAUAUGUGUGUGUGUGUGUGUGUGUAUAAAAUAUGAUAUAUUAUAUAUAUAUAUAUAUAUAUAAAAGAUAUAGUUAAUACGAGAUACAAACAAAUUGGACACAUAUACACACACAGGCAUACAUAUACAUAGAAACGUACACUGAUAAAUGAGAAUACAUGUGUAAAACGUAUAUAGGCCGUUGUGCUACUAACAUAGAGACUGCUGUGACUGAGUGCCCGCGACGAGUUAAUAGUGAACAAACCUUUUUUUCAUGAGCGUGUAGCCGCGGCGAGGACGGCAUGCACGAACACAAUAGUUAACAAGUGAUAAGGUUUAAUUCGCGCGGACGAAAGGAAAGAAAAUGUGCGAGAGAAAAAUAUAUAUAUGUUGUUUUCUAAUAGAAAAAGAGAGAAUGAGGAGGAAGGAAUAAUGGGAGCGAGAGGACAAGAGAAGUAUACAAUAAAAAGAAAAAAUAAAGAAAAAACAGAUUUGAUUGUACCAAAAACAUCCGUUGCUUAUAAAUAUAAUUACGUGAUAACGAUACGGAGCGCGCAGGUUUAAGGAUCCACUUUCGGAGCUGUGCUCCCACGCUGACAACCGUAGGGGUCGUUUUUAAAAUUUCUUACCAUCGCAUAAUAGUAAUUAAUGAUAAUGGUAACAAUAAAGUACGAAUAAUGAUAAUGGUAACAUUAAAGAGUAAUUAAACGAGAAAGAAAAGCUAAUAAUAAACGACAAUGAUAAAUAAUAAUAGCUAACAGAUAAAAUACGAUAGUUAACAGAUAUGGGUGACUGCUUGCUCAUACAUAUUUUCAUGGAUAUAAUCGAGAAAAGAACGCACGAGAAUUGCCAUUGUUCAUUGUUUUUUUUUUCUUUGAUUAUUUUUCGAUGAUCUUUCUCGCCGAAUAUUUCUCACGAUUUGUACACGAUUUGUGCUCGCUUUUGUGUUAUGCUCCGUUCACCUUCGCUACGUAAAAUCUCAUAAGGAGAAUGACAUAUACAUACAUAUAUAUAUAUAUAUAUAUAUAAUUAUUGUAAAAUAAUGUAAUGUGACUUUGAAGACGUAGGUGAGAGUCCAAGAGAAGAUUCUCUACGCGUAAAUAGAUACACAUUUAUUAAACAAUUGUCUAAAUUAUUUCCAUUCUUUUGACUACUCUUUAUGACGCACCGUGUUUGUGCUGAUGUAAAUCGUAAAUGGGAAGUAUAAAAAAAGCGUUUUACACUUUAUGACUUCAAUGAAUGUUGAAUUGAUCUUGGGAAAACGAUAAUUUUUAACUCUUGCCAAAAGAAGUUUUCGUUAGAACCAGAUUCUAGGAAAAAUAUUACAAAAUCUAUAUUAUCUAUUGUAUAUAGAAUUAAAUUACAGGACAUCUUGUACCCCUUAAAAUGAUCAUUUUACGAUAUAAAAGAAUCAUAAUCUUUGUA